AAUUUUCAUAUGUUAACAGAUUCACAUUCACUAAUGAUAGUGAACUCAAUAUUGAAUUAUUGAUCAAGAACUUAAAGAAUGUAAUAAUGAAGAAAUUGUCUGUAUUAUAUAUAACAGAGUCUUUCAUAUUCUCUUCUGUCUUCUCUAUUUCUUUCUCUGCUGCUCUCUCUCAAUCUUCUAUAUCUGUCUCUGUGUCUGAUUCUUCUGCUUCUGCUAUCUCUGUCUCUGUGUCUGAUUCUCCUGCUUCUGCUACUUCUGCUCUCUCUGAUUCUGUCAUCUCUGCUUUCAUUAUCAGCUCUUCUUGUUUCAAGAAGAUGUUGUAUAGACUUAAUAAAUCACAUUUCUCAAGAAUUAUCUCUCUUUUCAACAGUAUUAAGAUUAUAAAAGAUAUCUGUGUUUUCAGAAAGAGAAAUGCAGAUAUUGUACUCUUUUACAUCUGUGAGUGUGAGACUUAUUCAUCUUAUCUGAGAU